GUCACUCUUUCAUUAUCUGCACACCUUCAGUUGUCCGUGAUUGCAAAGCGUAGGCUGCGCCCGCAGUAGUGAACGAUCCUCGCGACUGAGGACGUUUUUAGGCACUUCGACGCAUCUGCUAGCGCCCAACUCUUACGUACGUGCAUACGAGUUCCAUAGCACCAACUUUGGAGGCCUGUGCGUGCCUAGCAGCCUGCUUUUCCUACUGAGGCCCCAGGCUUUCGCCCAGGAAAGCUUGGGGCUAUGACGACCGAGGAGCCAAAUGAAGGGGCCAUUGUGGCCGUGGGGGAGGCCCGCUCGGUGCCCCACUCCACCGACAUCGUGGCAGCAGGAGGAGUUGGCAGCGGCUCGUCGACCUACAUCCCGGACCUCGAGGGACUGAAAAAGGUCAUUACUCACACGAAGGCAGUUGGCGUUAUCCUACCGCCGCCGGACAUCCGCGCCAUUAUCGACAAAACAGCGCAGUUCGUGUCGAAGAACGGUUCGGAGUUCGAGAAGCGCAUUCUUUCAAAUGAGAAGAACAACGUCAAAUUCAACUUUCUGGUCCCCACCGACCCCUACCAUGCCUACUACCGCAUGCGGAUCAAGGACUUCUCGGAGGAGGGCGGCGCGGCCAAGGACGGCGCCGCGCCCGGUGCCGCCGCGGGGGCCACCGCGCCCACCGCCGCCGCGCCGGUGGCCGUGCCGGUGGUGCUGCCGCCCAAGGCCACAGUGCGGCCGCUGGAGAAGCCGCUGGACGAGCUGUACACGGUCCACGUGCCCGAGGGCCUGACGGCCGUGGACCUGGACGUGAUCAAGCUCACGGCGCAGUUCGUGGCACGCAACGGCAAGGCCUUCCUGGCGGGGCUGUCCAGCCGCGAGCACACCAACCCGCAGUUCAACUUCCUGAAGCCCACGCACAGCCUGUUUGCGUUCUUCACGGCGCUGGCGGACGCCUACAGCCGCGUCAUGAUGCCGGACAAGGGGCUCAAGGAGCGGCUGGCCAAGGACGUGGAGGACAGGCCUGCGCUGCUGGACCGCUGCCUGCGCCGCAUGGAGUGGGAGCGCCACAAGGAGCGCGAGGCGCAGGAGGCGGCUGACGAGGCCGAGCGGGAGCGGCAGGCGGUGCAGGCCAUCGACUGGCACGACUUCGUGGUGGUUGAGACCAUCAACUUCACGGAGGAGGAGGACCCCGAGCUGCCGCCGCCGCUGACGCUGCGCGACGUGAUCGCCAUGAACAAGAGCCGCGAGGCGCUGGAGGCGCUCAACCUACAGCAGGCGGAGGAGGCGGCGGCGCAGAGCGCCAAGGAGGCGGACAUGGAGAUGGACGAGGAGGAGAAGGCGCUGGUGGCCGAGGCCGCGGCGCAGGAGGCGCGCGCAGCCGCCGCGGCCGCCGGCGGCGGCGAGCCGGCGGGCGCCAACGCCGCCCCCGAGCCGCCGCCGGGCGUGGAGGACGAGGGCAUGGACAUGGACGAGGAGGAGGAGGACGGCGCGCCCAGGCGCGUGGUGAAGAACUACCAGCGCGCGGCGGCCCGCAGCGCGGCGGUGCACGCCGGCCGCGCCUACGACCCCAACAAGUUCGUGGUGUCGCCCAUCACCGGCGAGCUCAUCCCCAUCUCCGAGAUGGCCGAGCACAUGCGCAUCAGCCUGAUUGACCCGCGCUGGAAGGAGCAGCGCGACAUCAUGCUGUCCAAGAUCAAGGAGACAACCAAGGCCACGGAUGAUGAGAUCACCCGCAACCUGGUGGGGCUGGCCACCUCCCGCCCCGACAUCUUCGGCUCCACGGAGGAGGAGCUGCAGCAGGCGGUGCGUGACGAGAUCAAGGACAAGAUGACCUCGGGCGCCGGCCGACCCGUGGCCUGGGACGGCUCCACCACCGGCGGCGACGCGCUGCAGAACCAGGUCCGCGCCAUCUCCGACAACCGGGCCGACCUGGCGGAGCGCUCCGGCGCCCCGGCAGGCGCCUCGUCCAUCCCCCAGCCGCUGUCAGCAGGCCCGGCGGCGCGGCCUGGCGGCGCCAUGGCGCCGCCGCCGCCGCCCGGCGGCAUGCGGCCGCCGAUGGGCAUGGGUAUGGGUCCGUCGGGGCCGAUGGGCAUGGGCAUGGGCAUGCGGCCACCCAUGGGCAUGGGCGGCCCGAUGGGCAUGGGCGGCCCCAUGGGCGGUCCUAUGGGCGGUCCCAUGGGCAUGGGCUACGGCGGUCCCAUGGGCGGCCCGAUGGGAAUGGGCGGCCCCAUGGGGAUGGGGAUGGGCAUGGGCAUGCGGCCACCGAUGGGGAUGGGCAUGGGCGGUCCAAUGGGCAUGGGCGGCCCCAUGGGCGGGCCGAUGGGCAUGGGCGGCCCCAUGGGCGGCCCGCCGCGCCAGCCCAUGCCCGGUGGCGGGCCGGGUGGCAUGCCGCCGCCGCCGCCCCCCGGCGCCAGUGGCGGCGGCGGCGGCGGCCCGCCCCUGCCGCCGCGCCAUGACGCGCCGCCGCUGCCCGCCGAGGACCAGCCGGAGGCCAAGCGGGCGCGUGUGGCGGGCGACUUCGUCCUGCAGCCAGAGGAGGAGUUCCUGGCGCGCUUCCCGGGCCCCGGCCGCGUCAAGGUGCUGGCGCCGGAGGUGGAGGGCAACGAGAAGCUCAUUGGCCAGCUGCUGGAGGUGGAGGUGGGCAGCCUGACGGACUCGGUGGCGGAGUUCAAGCAGCGGCUGGCGGCGGUGCUGGAGCUGCCCGCCAACAAGCAGAAGCUGGCGCGCGACGGCGUGGGCUUCAUGCGCGACGAGCUCAGCCUGGCGCACUACAACGUCAGCCCCGACGUGGUGCUCAACCUGGGACUCAAGGAGCGCGGCGGCGCGCGCAAGAAGUAGAGGAGGCGGCGUUGGUGGUGGUGGUGGAGAAGGGGUGCAGAAGGUGCAGGGGGGCAAGGGAGGGGAAGGGGGAACGGGGGACGGCGUGGGAGGUGGAGGUCCGAGGAGCGGGCGUUUGUGCGAGGUCGUUGUUGGGGGUUGCGGGUGAGCAGGCGUGUGUGGUGCAUUGAGGGAUGGGAACUUGAGGGCCUCAGCAUUCAUUGCUGCCGCGCGGCGUGGUGAACAAACGUGUGUGGGGUACUGUGCCAGUCCCCGUUGUAGAGCCCGGACGUCCAGGCCGACGGGAGAGUGCGCCUGUAACAAGUGGCAUGUCCUUCUGACGUGCAGCGUCACCUGCUCUACCUGUACCACGUGGUGACUUGGGCCAGACGCCUGAGGGCAGCAGCACCGUUGCUGGGAGCGCCCGCCUUGCUCUGCGACACACGGGCACAGUCAGGGCCAGGCUGGCCUGCGUGCGGCCGCUGCUGUGCCCACGGCGAGCCGCGGCCAUAGGGGGCACAGCGAGGGCGACGAUGGUGGAUGCGACUCUUGACAUUCAGGCCUGACUUGAUAGCCCGAUACGGUAACCACCGUGGCCG